CCAAUUGAACCGGGUUCAGUACAGAAGGACUUCAAUAAGAAACUUCUUGUUGCUGACAAUAAAAAACUUUUUCUGGCCAACCAAGUAAAAAAAAUCACAUUAGGAGUCGAGACGCCUUUUAUCUAGACCUGCAAUAAUGAUUUUCUCUCUAAUUUAAAUAAAGUUACAGGUUGAAAAAACAACAAAUAACACAAAAUUGUAGCAUAGCAGGAAAUGGGCCAUUUUCACUCCAGUGGCCCAUAACAGCAUGACCUAGAAGCCUCAUCACCCAGGUGGUUCUGGACAUCAUGACCGGGCCGAGUCAGAACAGCAGGAGCUGCUGCUGACUGUGAAAUCUGAUCAUAGGUUUCAGUUUCUCAGGAAUCAUGUGACCAAACGCCUCCAACCCUACCCUCAGAGAAUAAACGGCUGAACUCUGAUUGGUCCAUUUCAGUCUUACAUAUCAGAGAACAGAACCAAACGGUCUCAGGGCGUUAACCUGCAGGCAGAUAAUCUGGAUGUCUCUGUCAGACUGGGGGAACCGUCACAAAGUCAAAGGCCAACUAAACAAUUGAAACUACUGAAUUUAGUUGGCCUAGCAGCUGGCGUUAAUCCAACUCUCACUGGUGAAACAGGUUCUGGUUCUGUGGGUUCCAGCUGGGCAGCCUGCUUCCUUCCUGCUUCCUGGUAGAGAGAAGAGUCUGCAGACGCGUUCAGCAACGUUCACUUUUCUGCGACCUUCAGAGACCAUGGGCGUUACGGGAAUGAAGACUCUGGUUGCAGAGUCAGACAUUUUAGAGGAUGUUGGCUUCAAGGACAGCGCCGUCAUCAUUGACGGUCCAAGUCUCUACUAUUCUCUGUAUUUUAACUCCAAGCCAAAGCUGGACCAGCAACACGGAGGAGAUUACUCUGCAUUCAGAGAUCUGGUCUGUCAGUUCUUCAGCAGCCUGAAGAGCUGCAACGUCAAGCCGCUGGUCCUUCUGGAUGGAGGCGCAGAACCCGUGAAGAACAAAACUGUUGGAAAUCGUCUGAAAGACAAACUUCAGAAAGCCAAGAAACUUUCAGAGUCCAUGGCCGGCGAGAGGGACAACAUCUUGCCUCCUCUGGUCAAAGACGUCUUCAUCCAGGUCCUUCAGGAGCUGCAGGUGGAGAUCCAGCAGUGUUUCGGAGAGGCAGACCUGACAGCUGCUCUGAGGGCCAACGAGAGGAAAUGCCCCGUUCUGUCCAACGACUCAGAUUUUUACAUCUUUAAUGUGCAGGAAGGGUUCCUUUCAAUUGAUGGGUUCCAGUGGGAAACUGUGACACAAGGAGCCAUUCCUGCUCAGCGCUACAGAGUCUCACAGUUUUGUAGAUGUUUUAAUGUAGACGAGGAUCACAUGCCCGUCUUUGCUGCUUUAUCAGGAAACGAUUACUCAUAUUUAGGAAAAGAAGACGGCAAAAAGUUCAUCGAAAAAUAUCCUGAAGCUCAGCAGCCAGGAGGAUCCUUUACUCCCAGUAAGGGAGCCAGUAAGGAUGGCUCCCUUACUGGUAUACAGCGAGCCAUCCUCCGGUUUUUAGGAGAGUUCAGGGGGAAGACGCCCGAGGAGGCUGUGACAGCAGCUCUGCAGCUGGUUGGCAGAUCUACGCAGGAGGACAUCAAACUUUUCCUGAAUUCAGCUCAACAAUAUGUCUUAAAGGAGCCACCUCGUCCCAACCUGCCUCAGUGGGUCAUCCAGGAAAUUCAGAGAGCAAGUCUGACCUCCUUCGUCACAUCUGUUGUGACCCAGAAGUCGAUGACCUUGACUCCACUGGUGGAGGACUUCUCCCAGCCCAGCAGCUACAGUGCUUCCCUCCGGAUCCGACAGUUUUUCUACGGACUGCUGCUUGGAACGGAGCCAUGCACAGAAUAUGACCGGGAGGGCGCUGAAGAUAUGCGUCCUAAACAGGUCACCCCUGUCCUAGCAGGUGUGACACCAGAGGAGCUGCAGAAACUGGAGCUGGAACAUCUGAAUGAGCUUUACAUCUACACCCGGAGGCCCACAGCCCUGUGCUGCCACCACCGUGCAGCCCAGGAGGCCGACAACAGACUGCAGUCCACCAGGUGGCGACACCUGCUCGGUGUGUUGAGCUUUAGGGAGCAGAAGAAGAAGCGGGAGGCGUGUAAAACAGUAACUGGCCUCGGUCGGUAA